CGCACUUGUCGCCUUCUCGGAGUAGAUAUUUUUACAUAGGUUUCGUCGGCGGUAGAAGAUGAAGAUUCAGUGCAACGUGUGUGAGGUUGCGGAGGCGAACGUUCUGUGCUGCGCCGACGAGGCCGCCCUCUGCUGGUCCUGCGACCAGAAGGUUCACGCUGCCAACAAGCUGGCCUCUAAGCACCAGAGGGUUCUUCUCUCGGACUCCCCUUCUUCGAUGCCCAAGUGCGACAUCUGCCAGGAAACCGUGGGCUUCUUUUUCUGCCUUGAGGAUCGGGCUUUGCUCUGCAGGAAGUGUGAUGUUGCGAUUCAUACAGUCAACACACAUGUCUCAGCUCACCAGAGAUUCCUUCUUACUGGGGUGAAAGUUGGACUUGAACAUACUGAACCCGGUCCAUCUUCAUCCUCAGGAAAGUCACAGUCCGGGGAGAAAAUCUCUGAGCAGGAGUUUCAAUCUGUUUCUAUGAGAAAUGCCUCUGUGGCAUUCCAACAUGAAGCAUUACCUAUGCAAACAACUGUGGCUGGGAAUUUUGGACCUCCUAAACGACACUUUUCUGGUGGCUCUGUAGUCGGAAGUAUUCCUCAGUGGCACCUGGAUGAAUUUAUUGGAUUAAAUGAGUUCAGUCAUAAUUAUGGCUACAUGGACAAUAACUCAUCCAAGGCGGACAGUGGGAAGCUUGGAGACCUUGGUGGCUCCCCCUCUACUUCUAGUUUCAGGAUCAAUGAGGAAGAGCUAUGUGGCGAUGAGGUGUUGGGUCAGUUCAUUGAGGCAUCUUGGGCAGUUCCACAAAUUCCUUCUCCCCCAACAGCCUCGGGGCUAUAUUGGCCUAAGAGCAACCAAAACCCAUUUGAUUCUGCAGCCUUUGUUCCCGACAUAUCUGACUCUCCCUCCCACAAUUUUGGAACAGAGCAGUCAAACUGUAGUAGAAUGAAACGGAGAAGAAGACACUACUAAUGUAUUCCGCUUACUACAACAGAAUUUUGACUCCCCACUGUAUGCAGGAAGAUUUCCCGCACAUGUUUUUUCUCUAAAAUGCAGCAUUUCGCCUGCAAUAAUCCUCUUUUUCAAGUUCCAUGAGGAAGAUUGUAUACAGUGUGUUCCUGCUGCGUUGAAAGACUGGAGGACUGGUUGAACUAGAAGCAGCGUGUGUUCCAAGUCUCUGUUGUGGGAAACAAUACAAAUAUUCUACAGAUAAUGUGGUUCUCUCUUUGCGUCUCAGACUGUCGGUA